GCGCGCGCGGCUACAUAGCCAAUCCAAUAUGGCGACUGAUAAGAUCUAAAAGUUUUUCUCAAGUAAACAAAGACAGUUCUUUUAGAAUUAGUUGGAGGACUGUUUAUAAUCCCGGCAUUAUGCUUUCUGGCAGCCUUGUUGCAGCACGGUUUCUUAGUCUUGUAGCCCAUCUGGUUAUAACCGUUACGAUAUUCUGGUCGAAGGAAGCAAACGUAGUUGCUUGUCUUCCGUUGAAUUAUACACAGACGGAAUAUGAUGACAAGCACACCGAACUUGUAGUUGGUUUGUCCCUCACACUGGCUUUUCUAGUACUGGAAUUUGGUGGAUUUAUUGGUGGUGUUUCCAUGUUCAACAGCACAGCCUCUAUGUUAUCCAUCACUGCCCAUACAAGUGCUGCUAUCUCUUUAUCGAUGUUUGUCCUAGAGUCUUGGGACUGUGACAAGUUUUGGUACAUCUUCGGCUUUUGCAGUGCAUUUCCAGCAAUCAUAGAAAUCUGUGUCCUAAUCGGAGUCCUUGGGUUACGAGCUGAUAAAUAACACUUAACUGGGAACAAGCAUCUAUUAGUAGGGAUAAAGAUGGAUAAUCUCAUCUUUAAUGAAACCCUUGAAGAGACAUGUGCAUGAUCCAGUCUUGUAACAAGAGGGUAUGAAAGAACCUUCCAACUUGACUGGAAGUCCCGAAACUGAGAAAAACUGUGAACUAGGAAUGUAUAGUAUCAGACAAAAGGUCCACUAAAUAGCCAAACAAACUUUCUUUGGGUCUGUACAUAUACAGUGCAUAAACUAUGUACAUAAGUGAGAAUAAAACACACAUGAGUCUA